GAGAAGCCUUCGGAGCUGCUACUUAAUGCCGGUCCCCCGGCCUCUGGCGUUCAGAGAGGCGCCGUCGGGCGUGGGGGCGACAAGGACUGCUGGCUGGGCCAUCGAGCUGGGGGUGGGGUGUCAGAGAGCCGCAGGGAGUGGGAGGAACUUCUUCCAGAACAUUCCUUUGGCCCGUGCUGCGCUCUGAGUCAGGCACCUCACUCCAUUCGGAGGAAGCGACCCCCGGGUCGCGGGAUGGAAGCGGUCUUCCGGGAGACUGUGUAACUCGAGCCGCGGGCGUCAGCGGGCCAGAGAGCUCGGCCGGACACCCUCGGCUCGGCUCGUGGAUGUUGACCGCCCCCUCGGAGAGUCCCCGCAGAUAUGGCGGAGAGCUGGCUACGCCUCUCGGGGGCAGGGGCGGCGGAGGAGCCCGGGUCAGAGGGCGGCCUGGAGGAGCCCGACGCUCUGGAUGACAGCCUGACCAGCCUGCAGUGGCUGCAGGAAUUCUCUAUUCUCAACGCCAAGGCUCCCGCCCUGCCCUCGGGGGGCACCGACCCCCACGGCUACCACCAGGUGCCAGGCUCGGCCGCGCCGGGGUCUCCCCUGGCGGCCGACCCCGCCUGCCUGGGGCAGCCGCACACGCCCGGCAAGCCCACGUCGUCGUGCACGUCGCGGAGCGCGCCCCCGGGGCUGCAGGCCCCGCCUCCCGACGACGUGGACUAUGCCACCAACCCGCACGUGAAGCCGCCCUACUCAUACGCCACGCUCAUCUGCAUGGCCAUGCAGGCCAGCAAGGCCACCAAGAUCACCCUGUCGGCCAUCUACAAGUGGAUCACGGACAACUUCUGCUACUUCCGCCACGCUGAUCCCACUUGGCAGAAUUCCAUCCGCCACAACUUGUCCCUGAACAAGUGCUUCAUCAAGGUGCCUCGGGAGAAGGACGAGCCUGGCAAGGGGGGCUUCUGGCGCAUCGACCCCCAGUACGCAGAGCGGCUGCUGAGCGGAGCCUUCAAGAAGCGGCGGCUGCCCCCGGUCCACAUCCACCCAGCCUUCGCCCGCCAGGCCGCACAAGAGCCCAGCGCCGCCCCAUGGGCCGGGCCGCUGACCGUGAACACUGAGGCCCAACAGCUGCUGCGGGAGUUUGAGGAGGCCACCGGGGAGGCGGGCUGGGGUGCGGGUGAGGGCAGGCUCGGGCAUAAGCGCAAACAGCCGCUGCCCAAGCGGGUGGCCAAGGUCCCUCGGCCCCCCAGCACCCUGCUGCUCACCCAGGAGGAGCAGGGCGAGCUGGAACCCCUCAAGGGCAACUUUGACUGGGAGGCCAUCUUCGACGCUGGCACUCUGGGCGGGGAGCUGGGCUCGCUGGAGGCCCUGGAGCUGAGCCCACCAAUGAGCCCCGCCUCGCACGGGGACGUGGACCUCACCGUCCACGGCCACCACAUCGACUGCCCAGCUACGUGGGGGGCUUCAGUGGAGCAGGCUGCCGACAGCCUGGACUUCGAUGAGACCUUCCUGGCCACGUCCUUCCUGCAGCACCCUUGGGACGAGAGCGGCAGUAGCUGCCUCCCCCCGGAGCCCCUCUUUGAGGCCGGAGAUGCCACCCUGGCCACCGACCUGCACGACUGGGCCAGCGUGGGUGCCUUCUUGUAAGAAACCAGGCCCUGCCCCUCCCCCUCCGGACAGCGCCCACGUCUGGGCCCAGACUGCCCCCCAGUGCAGGCCUAUGGAAACCCUACUGCCCAGGCAGGGGCUGGGCCAGGUCUCCCAAAGCUGACCCCACAAGGACACAGGGCCCGCAGCCCGGGCCGUCCUCAGAUUCCAGCCCAGGCGGCUGAGAACUGGGACCUAGGACCAGAAUUGCUGCCUCCCCUCCCCAGCCCCCAUACACAGUGUUUCAUUGAUCCACUUCUUCCCGGCCCCAGGGACACACUCGGGCCCCUUCACUUUGAGAGCUACAGCUUGGAGGGUCCCUGCUCAGGCUGGAAGCCACAGUACAGGGUCCGCCCCAGAGCCUCUUAGCCUCUGGACUUCUCCCUCUCUGGCUCUCCUCCCCAGGUCUCCAUCCGGAGAAAGUUCCCAGGUACAACAAGUGCUAAUUAGGUGACUGCAAAUUAACCCCCUAGGGGCCUCUCCCGGCCGAGCUUCCCUGGGGCCAGGCCGACAGUAUGUGGGGCGGAGCUGGGGAAGGGGGCCAGAGAGAGGAGACUGAACCGAGGUCGGGGUGCCGGGUGGAGCCAGGAGAUUUUCUAAGGCCUCUGGGGCCUUCUGGCCCCAUCUCUAGAGGUAUAAAUCCCUAAUCUUUGAGCCCAACUUGAGGCUGAGAGCAGCGGGGAGUUGGGUUUCUGCAGGGCUGGGGACAGGAGCAGCCAAGCUGCAGAGGGAAGGGGGGACAGAAAGACUAAUGUAGUGAGUGUAGCUAUAGCUGAGGCUUAACCGGGAGGGACACGGUGCUUGCUAGAACCACUGGGACCAGAAAACGGGGGAUCACCCGAGCCCCCUGCCUGUGCUUGUGCAGGGGAGUGCCUUGCUCCACCCUGAGCCCCUUGGGCUGUGUCCCACAUCCACCCUCCUGCCCCGUGAGGCAACUUAACUUUUUCAUGAAAAGUUAUUUACAGUAAAACAUUUUUAAAAAUAAAGCUUUUAAAAAAUUUAAAA